AUGUUUACAAUUUGCCACAUAGCUAAUUUUUGUUUUUGCGCACAUUCUAUGGAUCACUCUAUCUUACAAAAUGCCAAAUUAAUUCCAGGAGAUAGGUUACGUCAAAUUAUCUUAAAAUAUUUUAGUACAUCAAACAAUAAUUUAAAAAGAGUCCAAUCUUUAAACAAUGCCUCUAUAAAAUUUACUACACCAAAAUUUUCGAUAAUAACGAAAAGUGCUUCUUCUUUUACAAAAUGCCUAACUGAAGUUAAUCUUAUUGUUAAUACUAAAUCAAAGAACAAUAAAUGUGAAAAUUGUGGCCAAAUAAUUUCUUAUCUUGAUGACUUAAGUUCGAAAUUGAAAAGUAAUACAUUAACAGGUUCGUUGAUGUGCAAUUGUUGUGCUACUUCUGAGAGUAAGAUGCCGGUUAUCAAAAGGAGUUGA